GCCGAAAGUUAUUCAACUGUUUUCUCAAUCUUGUAGAUGUCGCUAGUGUUUUGUUUUUCCUGUUUUCUAUUUCAAACGGUUUUUCUGAGAAGACCGGUAACUUGAAUGAACAUGUUUCAAAGUGAGUUUUAUAGUGCCAAAUAUGUAUUUAUUUUUGUUUUACAAUUGUACCUACGGGUGCUGAUAAUUUUCAGACAUGUUUUGCCGGUGCCCAUGUAUCACAAUGACUAUAACAUUUGGUCGGUUUUAAAGAAUUGCAUAGGAAAAGAGCUGAGCAAAAUCACGAUGCCAGUGGUAUUCAAUGAGCCUUUGAGUUUCCUUCAACGAAUGGCAGAGUACAUGGAGUACUCGCACCUUCUGAGGCUAGCCUCAGAACAAGAAGAUCCCAUACUCAGGAUGCAGUACGUUAUCGGGUUCGCAGUGAGCGCCCUAGCUUCGAACUGGGAACGAUUGGGGAAACCCUUCAACCCUCUGUUGGGCGAAACCUACGAAUUGGAGCGGAAAGAGUUCAAGAUAAUAUGUGAGCAAGUGAGCCACCAUCCGCCAGUGUCUGCUUUUCACGCGGAAAAUGGAGACUGGGUUUUCCACGGAUCCAUACAUCCCAAACUGAAGUUUUGGGGGAAGAGCGUGGAAAUCCAGCCCAAAGGAGUGGUUACUGUUGAGUUUCCCAAAUUGAAAGAAGCCUACACGUGGACGAAUGUACAAUGUUGUGUGCAUAAUAUCAUCGUUGGCAAAUUGUGGAUGGAACAGGUUGGAAAUAUGGAAAUAACUAGUUUCUCAUCUGGUCACAAAGCACAUUUAACAUUCAAGCAGGCUGGUGGUAAUAGCAAAGAUUUGCAUAGAGUAGAGGGGUAUAUAGCGGAUAAAUCGAAACAAAAACUGUUUUUUGUAUACGGAAAAUGGACGGAGUUCAUCAAGUGUGCAGAUUAUCAUUCAUAUGAAGAAUGCUUGAAGGACAACAAUUCGAAACUGACUUUGGGCAAUGCAAAAAAUAAAAGUCCUAAUGACUCGCCUUCUCAUACUUCUAGAAAAGUGCUCCAGAAACUGAAUAGUCUCAAAGUUGGCUCAUUCAAAUCCAAUUCAACUUCAGAAAGUUUGGAUGAUCCCAGUGGAGAUAUUGGAGACAACUCCGUUCCUAAAAGUGAUUCGACCUACUCAAUCGAUGUUCCAAAUGCGAUAAAAAUUUGGACUGCUAAUCCUAGACCAGCUCAAAGCAGUGAUUAUUAUCAAUUUACUGAGUUCGCAAUGUCCCUAAAUGAAUUAGAAGCAGGCAUGGAAAAUUCCCUCUGCCCUACAGACUCAAGAUUGAGACCGGAUAUUAGAAAACUCGAGCAGGGGGAUAUUGACGGGGCUGCCAUUGAGAAAACUAGGCUCGAGGAAAAACAGAGGGAUGCCAACAAACAUCGUAAGAGUAAGAAAACAUCCGAGUGGACCCCAAGAUGGUUUCAUCAAGGUAUAAAUCCUUACAACAAACAGGAAGAUUGGUUGUAUAAUGGCAACUACUGGAAAAGACAAUACACCGAUCCAGAUAUAUUUUAAAGGUCACCUUGUUGGAUAGUGUAGACAGUUUUAGUCACCAGAAUUGAAUGUAUACUAGACAUGCCCCUAUUAGUGGUAGAUUGGUGUCUGUGUGUGCCAAAAUCUUGCAGCACAAAAUUAUUAUAUCCAUAACCUAGAAGACUAGUGCUUCCUGAUGACGAAAAUUUGGAUUCUGUCAGUUCUCCAACGGUUAAAUUUACCUGGAAUCUUUCGGGAUGUUUCAUGUGGAAAAUAACUCUUAACGCACCAAAGUGGGCAUCUUGGAGCAAUAAUUGUUAUCUUUAUCUUCAGUUGAACUUUUUUUUCCUUUUAUUUAGUGAGUGAGUCAGCUCUAUCUUAUCUGUCUUAUCUCAGGAAUCUAUAGAUAGCGUAGGAUGAUAAUUAUAGUAUGUGAUAUGUGAUGAUGUUUUCCCCACACAUAUAUGUUUCGCAUCACAUGAUGUGAUUGUAAUAAGGUAUGAGCAAAUGUAUCGUUGAUUUGGGAAUGCAACGUUCUAUCAGAAAAUGUACCAAAAAAAGAACGUGUAAAUUUCGAUAUAUUUUAUCUAGGUUGCAUAAGUUGGACAAAAUAAAACUGACUUUAUCAAUAGUACCCAUGAUGAUAAUAAAACAAUACAUGCUGGUGACAAAAAAAUCAGCAUUGUCUAUACAGGAUGUUUCAAAUAAAAUUUGAACCCUUCAACAAUUGCGAUUUCAGUUUUUACGGCACUUCUAGGAGUACCAAAGUGGAGUUCACAUUAAUUUACUACCAAGAAUGUAUGUGCUCUGCAAAAUUUUUAGAAAAAUUUAUUUUCAAUAAAUUUUGUGAUUAGUUUUUGUUAGGAGAUCCUGUAUAUAACCUCUAUUGAAUAUAUUUUUUUAUCCUACCUCAAACAUCAAAUUACGUUCGUUACGUUGACUAUGGUGACUGAAUAUUUCUAUUGAAGUUCAUUAUUAUUAUUAUCAUCUAAGAAACCGUAUAAGUGCUUUGAAUGGAUUUUGUGUGCUAAGUGGGAGAAAAGCUAGCCUUGUAAGAACUAAAUUCUGAUAAUAAUUGAAUAUUUGAUAUAUAAUGGUUCAUCAAGACCUGCUUUAGUUCAUAUUCAGCACCGAUUCUCUUAUGAUACUGUGCUUCUCGUGAUCAAAUUACAAUCUAUAGUCAGCUUACGAAAAAUAGAUUUCAGUUUCAUAUAAUGAAGGGUAUAAUAUUAUGUAUAUACAAGGUGGCUCAUGCGCGAGGAUUUGGCCAGUCGUCACGAAAACUAUUGUUUUUCAAUUAUUUCUGUACUAAAUUCAAAUUCUAAUCUAUCCUCGGAGAAUAUCCCAUUCAAAGUUUCAUGGAGUUGAUGCCACGUGAACAGGAAGUAGCAAUGAAGGCUUCACUAUACAAGAAAAGUACCAAACCACCAAGUAUUUUAUUUCAAAUAGUUUUCGACUGGUCAAAACCUCGUGGUUCACCCUAUAGAAGUAACAUCUUGAUUUUUCCAGCUUUGUAGCUUUUAGUGAUUAGUUGGAUUAGUCGUGUUCUGUUCUAGUUAAAAUAAGUCAAUAAAUGGGGAACACAGAACUAAUAAAUGAAAAGAGAUCAAUAUUUAAUUUAUAUAUCAAUGUAACAUAAGAGUUAUGAUUUGUUAAUGAAUUAAAAAUUUGUUAGCAG